AUGGCAUUCACUGGCAAGUAUCCCACACGAUCAAAGAUAGUUAUUGAUAACAAAGUAUUAGAGCAAGUGUCACAAUACUGCUAUCUUGGUUGUGAUAUCAGUUUCAAAGAUGAUUCAGAUGUUGAAAGGAAAAUCGGAAAAUUCCAAUCGAUAUGUGGUAACAUCAGCAGAACUUUAGGGAAGAAAGCGAGGAAAGAAACUAUAAUGAAGUUCUACAGAAUGAUGGCUGCCCCUGUUCUCCUGUAUGGAAGUGAAUCAUGGAUCACCACGAAAUCACAGGAGAGCAGGCUGCAGGCAGCAGAAAUGAGAUUCCUACGCAGAACGAAGGGCUGUGACAGACGAGACCACAUAAGAAAUGAAGAUAUAAGAAGAGAAUUGGGUGCCUUCAACAUGAAUGAAAAGUUGUAUGUCAGCGAAACAGUGGAGGGAACACAUUAUAAGAAUGCCAACGGAAAGAAUUCCUUUAAAAAUCUUAAAUUACCAUCCGAUAGGAAAAAGAGACAUUGGUAG